CGCCUCUUCUCUCCCCAGGGCCAUGGAGAAGGGAGCCAGCUCCUCGGCCGGCAGCUCGGUGGCCUUGGCCUCAUCCUCCACGGCCACCUUCAAGGAGGAAUUGCUGUGUCCCAUCUGUUACGAACCUUUCCGGGAAGCCGUGACGCUUUGUUGCGGCCACAACUUCUGCAAGGGCUGCGUGAGCCGUUCCUGGGAGCAUCGGCACCACGUGUGCCCCGUCUGCAAGGAGCCCUCCUCGUUCGACGACCUCCGCGUCAACCAUACGCUCAACAACCUGGUGGAGAUGAUCCUCAAGGAGGAAGGGCAGCGACGGGGCCGGGCGGCCGCCCUCUGUCCCCUCCAUCACGAGGAAGCCAAACUCUUCUGCCUGGAGGACAAGGAGUUGGCGUGUUUCGUCUGCCAGAGCUCCAAGCAGCACGAAGGGCACAAGUUACGGCCGGUGCAGGAGACGGCGGCGGAUUUCAGG